AUGGCACCCCAGUCCAGAAAGCUCAACAAGCCCUUAACUUGCUUUUAUUGCAAUCGCAAGUCCUCGACUCGGUACGAUGGCUCCAUGAGCCGCUUCGAGUGCCACAACUGCAAUGCGACCAACCAUCUUGACGCUAUCGCAAUCAAGAAAGGUGAUAUCACCGAUGUUCCUGCUUCGAAAUCCAGUUCCGUGGCCGAGCCAGCCCAGUUUGCGAUCCGUCGAGAUCUCUCCCCGACAUCCAGCCGAGUCUUUUGCGACAAAUGUCUGCAGAACCAACACCUAUUCAUAUCCUCUUUGGCUCAGUACUUCCCCGAGGAUCCUGACGAUCCUGAAUACGCCAUUCGCGAGAAGGGAUAUUACAAAUUCUACAAGGGUCUCAUGACGCGGUAUCCCCAAUGCUGCGCCCAGUGCGAGCCCAAGGUUCGCGAACAACUCGAUAAGGCAGCGUACACGGCGAAGACGGACCAUCUGCGACGUAUGCUUGAUAGGACCGCCAAGAUCAGAGUAAUCACCACCAAAUCGCCUCUCUACUACUGUCAUUCGGUAGGCAAGUGGCUGUGGUUUGCCUCGCUUGUGUUCCAGCUACUGUGGCACGUAUGCCUCGUCAGCCAAGGACUCGCCGCUCAAAGCAACCGAACAAACGACAGGUCAUGGUUGAUGCUUUCCGCCAGGGUUGUUGCCCUCUUCGCCGGCUACCUUCCUCCUACAAACCAACUUCUGAAAUGGAGCUUCUGGACAUCUGCCGUGAGCAUCUGGUGGAAUCCCAAAUGGGUUGAUACCUUCAAGAGCAACACUAAACACUUGGUUGGCUUUGAUAACUACUAUCGCUACCAAGCCUUGAUCUUUGCGCUCAAGCUUGCCGCAACUCUAUUGGUCUCACAAUUGUCAGACUUGCAUGGACCACGAAUGGCAGCCCGGGCAACAGCGCACGCCUCGAUGGCCGUGUCCAUGCUAUACUUGUAUGGCACUGCCCGCAAGUCAAUUCGCGUCGAUCAUACCCCUUUGUGGACUAGCAAGGCCAACAGCAUCGGAGCGACUCCAGCGCCUCUGCCACCUGUUGCGCAGACCGAGUCACGACAAAACGAGGAGAAGAGCAUGGCAACCAUUCUUGACGAGAUUCUUCACGAGCCCACCCAAAACACUCAGCCUCAGUCUGAGUCGCUUAUGUCGCAGUUCUCUAGAACCGAAGAGCUGGAUCGCGUGCCAUCUAUUUCAUAUAAGAGCUCGUAUGAUCCCGCCUCACGUCCCUUGACUCCCAACCCUUUUGCGAACCUACCUAGUCAGCGGCCUCAAAGCUCUGGUGUUGGUCUCUCCAGCCUGAGCCUUUCCGACACGCCCCGUGCAUGGAAUCAAGAGUCGGUCGACUAUUCCCCAAACAUGGAUUGGUCGCCUACCCAGUCCAAAUACCGAGCGUUCAAUACCUAUAAGCCAGGCCAGUCCGAGAGCAGAAAGUUCGGCGAGACGCCUACCCACGAGAAAGCGGGUGCAUUCUGGGCCAGAGUCCCACCGGCGCCCAAGACCCCUGCGCAGCGCUUUCUCAGCCAACCGAACACGACACUUCUGAGAAGGAGCCCUCGACUUUCGCAGAACACGAUCGCGUUCCAGGGCACCAAUGAGAGCACGUUCGGCCAGCCGCAAGUAGACGCUCGCCCAGCGACGAUAUUUGCGGAGCCUACUUUCCGGCCUGCGCCACCGAGAGAUGAGCGCGACGACCUCUUGGAGAAGUUCAGCCAGAGCUUCAAGCUCGAGUCGGAAAAUAUAUUAGAAAAUACAGCAAGCGAACAACGCCAGGGCCGCGAGAAUGUGCCGUCGCCAGCCAAGCCCCAGCCCAGCACUCUGUCCGCACUUAAACAGGCUUUCUUGCUCUUGGUGUGUAGUGUUUUUAUUGCUGUAUUAGCUGGGCGGGCCUAUAAGGACUUUGGAUACCUGUGGAAGCUUAUAUCUAUCCAGGGAAGAUGA